AUGGCCCUCCCUGACACAGCUCCCUUGACUCUCUCUAGGCAGGUUGCCAGCCGCCUGAGCCAUGUAUACGGCGGGGAUAUCCGUGCUCGAUGCAUAGAGCAUACCCUUCACCAGAACUGCAUAAGGAUCUGUGAAAUGGCGCUCAAUCUACGCAAGGACUUUCAACGAGAGCGACAAUCGGACCCACCUCUGCCUGAAUUCUACGCAGCUGCCAUCAAUAACAUAGAGCCAAUUGCUUAUUACUAUAUGCUCCCUUGUAAUAUUUUACCGUGCCUCCCUGUUUCUAGCAUUAAGAAGCGCUUUCUCUUCAGGACCCUUUUCGAUAUCCAUCACUUUCCCGGACUCUAUCAUGUGACGGAGCUUCUUGAGACAGGCGUUUUUGAUGACUAUUCAGAGGACGAGCACGAUGAGCUGAACAAGAACUUCGGGCGGAGCAUCCCAAAUACUAAUGGCCCUGCAAUGCCACGUGCAAAGAAACGCUUGAGUACCCAUGUCCUCCAUGAAAUCGCAGAUAUACGUUUGAAGGGCGUGGGAACUAUGUCGGCCAACGGAGGACCCAAAUGCACUGGCCAAUUCGACAAGUUAGCUCAGGUACGAGCAAAAGAUCAUCUUAUGAAGCAACUCAAUACGAUUGCUGUAACCACGGCGAUGAUUGAAGACGUUGACCGCACUGAGGGUUCUUCCGGCAACACUGCUUGUGAUUCUAAAAUACCAAGCACACUUAAGGACUCAGCCGAGGACACUCCCCUUCUCACAAUAGACCAUAAGCAGGAGUCAAUUCGCCUCCUUGAGAACAUGCUUCCAUGCAGCGUGUUUGACUCUGUCGCUCAAUUCAUUCGAAGAAAGGAUUUCACACCUCCCCUGACACGUGAAAAGUGGGUUGAUUAUUCAACGAACUUCUUGAAAAAACGUUCGUGGGGAGAGAUACGAACCAUAUCCUAUGAGCAGGCCUUUUUGAUAUGCAACAUUCUUGAGGUUGAUGCGUCUCCAGACUUUCCCGAUUUAUCCAUACUUACCAAACUGAUCUGCGAAGAGCUAACGGAGAAAGGUAUCGAAGUCAUUCCCGAGUACGAACCGAUUUUUCAUGAGAUUGUCCGGGUAAAAUUGCAGAAUAUCCUCCAAGAUAAUUCUGCACGCGUGAUCACUGUUCUAGACACAUUCACUCCUGAUGAUCUACAAAGCCUAAUGAUUGUGACCAAGGGGCACCGAAACAUCACGGAGCAGCUUUCUACAUCAGGAGCUAAGUUACUAUUCUCCAGAUGGCAAAGGCUUACAACAACCGACUACAUUAUACGGUCUUCUGAGCCCACGCCUGAAUCCAUCCUUUAUUCCCUCACAGAAACUAAUUCUCUCGGAGUUUCUCGGAAAAGGGAAAAAGACGUCGCCGAAAACACUAUGCUGGUAGCCAUGCAACACUUUAUUGAGGGUGUGUUACCUGAUUGUCACCAGCUGAUAAAAGACGCUAUUUGUGACUUUUUGGAUGCGAAUACUACAAAUAGCUGCUUUGUAGCCGAUAUCCUAGAGAAUUUGACAAACAGGACUAAGGCCACAGAAAACCACAGCCAGAUCACUCUUUCAGAAUUGUCUCUUCCAUCGUUAGACAUCCUCGGCAAGGAGUAUCACUUUAGCUCUAAUGUUAGCGCUCAGCCAACUACUUGUCUUCUGGAAGAGAAUAAGAUAGCAAUUUCUGAAAUGUUAACUAUGCUUGGUAAGAAGGUCUGGAUGCAUAGAGUUUGCGAUAUGUAUGCUCUCGUCACUAAGCUAGCUCCCUUCCUUCACCGCACAGAAACGUCUGGAAUCAGGGUAGUGCCACUUUCGUUGACAUCUUAUUUUGUCGAUUAUUUGAGUGCGCGUGCAAGCUACCUUGUAUCCACAGAGGAUGUUGUGAAGAAGGACCCUCUUUGUCGUUUCACAGACGGAUGGACUAAAUACGCACAACAGUCGUGCAAUAACCUUUGGUAUUGUCCGUUUCCCAUUGAUGAUAGAAUUGUUUCUCACUAUACGCAACUCUUUCAUACCAUAAUCGCAUUUGCGAUCACGCUUACUAUCACUGAGCCACGAGUAGCUCCCAGAGAACUUGCUUACGAACUUGGAUAUGUCGCCUUAUUUGGCCUGGAACGAUCUUCUGUGACUGCUCAUGUUGUCACUGGCUGUAAGUAUCUUUAUGCUACAGCCGUCAACUGUUUGAACCACACCGCUGGAAACAUCAUAUCAGACUACUUUCAACUGCCAAACAUGACGUUUGUAUCCGGAUACUUAGCUAGAAGAUGUUUAUUAUACAUGCAAUACUACUCAGCAGCAAAGAAGGACAAGAUGUCCUCUAAGUCUGAUAACCCUCUAUCAGAGUCUAAAUAUGAUGAGCAUAUAACUAAGUUUGGAUCUCAACUAGCACCCGACAGAUCCCACUCGGUGCAAGAGCACUCUACGAGUCAAACGGAAACCAAGUGUCUAGUUUUUGCAAGAGGAAGGAAAGGUCCUUUGGGUGAUCGUCUCUUUUCUGAGAGGAACAUAAUCCGUGAUACUUCCACUCCAGGUAGAAGCUUUACGGUAAAUGCCAGAGGAUCUAAGUAUGGAUCCAAAACUCAACUGGCGCGACAGAAGAUGUCGCUCCCUCCUAAGUCUUUGCGAUGUGAUUAUUCAAAUCGGUCUAUAUCUUCGCGGAAGAGUACUUGUCAUUUCACACUAGCACCCAAGCAAGAAUUAGAUUCCGCGACUCCGUUUUCAACUACAAUCAAGACACGACAGACUACUCAAGCAAAUGAGAAGUCGUCAUGUGAUACUGGUGUGCACUCUUAUGAGGAUGAAGAGCACCUACUGAUAGCGGGCUGUGUUCCAGAUUUAGCGCUUUAUAAUGAGAUUUACGAAGACUUUUCGCUGACAGACUUUCAGACGCGCAGUCUGUUUUCGUCCAAACCUGUCUCUGCUCGGCUCUGUCUCCAGAUGCUUCUUAUGUCUUCGUGCCUAAACGGCUCGCUCAAUGUCGUCGAUCUUCUAGCAGAGAGCACCAUAAACCGGAGAAUAGAAAACGAGAUAAAGGCCUUACGUGUUUUGACAGGCGUUUGUAUUUCUCAGUCCAGACUACUAUACGAUAAUAUAACGUCAUACGGGUUUCAAUAUAUCUCUGAUCUGGUAAAACCGCCGGGCACACGGAUUUACCUACGGGAAUGCAAGAGCGAAAACCACAUCAUCGAUGCAGAAAUUCGGCUCAUCAGAUUGUUGAUAGCGUGCAGGAUCCCGUACGCAUAUUCUCCGUCGGUCGUUAUGGCGGCUGGUCAGCUUGUGUUUAUGGAUAUAAGUGGGACCCGCCUUUUGAACUCAAUAGCGACGAUGAACGAAAGAAUAGUUGGUCUAAGUACUACAGAACGUUCUGUAGCGAUGCAACCUCCUUGUUUCUUGCGGGGAGAGCUUCCUUACUCAACGUCUGGAGGUGGAAUAAUGGUAACUGCUGGCCUAGUUGAGAAGAAGAAAAUCCUAGAAAUGUGUGUAGAGGAUGAGACCUUCUACAUCAAGUCUCUCCUCAUAAACAAAACCGACAUGCCAUCCCAGACCAUUCCUCGAGCUCUCUUCCCAAGUUGGCCCACUAUGAACCUCUAUCUUCCUUCCCAUAAUAUUCCUUCAGCAAGUCUGGCCCACACUAAGAUACAGGAGCAAAUACUCAGGGACCGCCAAUGCUAUGGUUCUGACUUAAGGGUGAAUGAAGCAAUGUUUUCGCUAUUUACAGAGCCCAUGUUUCUCAACAAGCACAUAGACGCGGAAAAUGCGGAGCUUUACUAUCGUAUUCGGAGGGUCCUUUCAUCUGCCUGCAACAUAUGCGAUGUCGUUUCCUUGGAUUGGCGACUAACUUCUCUGUUGUACAGCCUUUCAUUCUCUGGGGAAGAGUUUCUCAGCGGCCCCUCUCAGAUCGCAGAUCUUACGUUCAAACUCGAUCCAGCGUCACAGCUAGUUACUCUGAGUAUUCGCGUCGGUCUUUACAUGCAGUUACAAGUAGAAACCGAGGCUAUUUCUAAUUGCAUAACCAUUGGAAUGCUGAUGGCGGUGUUGCAGAGCUCCCUUGAGAAUACUGGCAGCUCCAAAGACAUAACUAUUUACUUCACCCCUUUGCUAGUGGACUAUAUUUUAACUGCAAUCAUGUCCCAGCAUUUUUCGGAAGAUAAGAAGCUGACUCAGCGUGAUGUCAUCAACAUGAUCGGUCUAACGGAUCCCAACAAUCUACAAGUGGCGUCCUUGUUGCCCUCACACGAUAACAACUCGUAUAGAACAAAGCUGUCAAGCAACAUCGGGCACAGAAUCCUUACUCAGCAAGCAGAAGAAAUAGCCGAGCUUUUCUUGUUCCAGUGUCCCGAGCAUUACGGCCACCCGGGUGCCAACUGUGUCGCAGACUUUCUUAAUUUGACAGCCCAAGCCCAGAGUGGAAUAGCAGCAAUACACGAGUCAGCGGCUCUGAGCAAUUUGACAGAAACUCUCAUGCCAACCCUUUUCUACACGAUGCUUUUCCCCGCUAGGCGAUUCCUCCACAGCUAUUUCGACAGCUGUGCCAUGAACUACAUGAUGGCCGAGGAAAAGCUCGUCAUUUUCGAGGAUGGUUUUGUAGAUGCUUUGCGCACAGGAUACGUAACCGGCGUCAAUCCCCACCGAAGUGGAUCUGCUCUUCGCAUUCAUACAAAUGUGGAUGAGGACCACUUUCGGUGGCACAGCUCCCUCUUACACAUCGGGCUUAUUAGACUGAGAAAAUACUUACUGGAUCAGCUCUUUAGGAAAGAGUAUCAGCUUAACUAUGCAAUGACACUUAAGUCUCACGCGAUGAUUGAACAAGCAAGCAGAUACACAUGCCUAAUUAUCAAGAACUCUAUCACAGCUAGCUUUCUUCCAGAGCAGUUGAAGGAGUUUAUACGGACCGUGAUAAACGACAUUUCCAUCUACGGCAAGAUCCUUUGUGAGCUGGCCAGCUUCAAUCCACUGACGUCGAGCACUGUUAUAUCGCGCGCCUAUGCAGAGUUUAACGGCAUAUACUAUAUGAGAGGGACCCAUCUGGUGAACAUCUUGGGGAAGAUAUUCUCAUUAUGCGAUUGCACUCUAGAAAAGCCCAACCUCCGUGAGAAAAUGCUUCAUAUCGUUCGAAUAGGCUGUGAGAAUAAGCACGAAAAUGUGAACAAAUAUGAAGAAAACCCAAAGAGGACGGUCAGCCAUAUCACAUCCACACCUCGGGGCCUAGUCCAGCUUCCUAAAGCUAUCAUACGGUACCUGUACAGAUGUAUGCAAAAGAGAGUCGAGCGCACGCUGUUUCCGCCUAAACACCCCAUUAGAAACUAUUUCGAACUAGGUCAGAAAACAGAGGCAACUCCUCUGAUGCCCAUAGUGUUGGGUGGCCUUCCACCAUUUGAAGUUGUGGAACUGGCUGAGGGCUUAGUCUUUUCCAAUGAGAGGUCACUCAUGAUCUCCAGCAACAAAAUAAUAUUGGCCGACAUCCUCAAUAGGGCGAUCAUCCUUAGAACAUCUAUUGAUGUUUUUGGUCAGUAUAAUGUAGGCACCAUUUACCGUCGCUUCAUUAAGCUCUAUAGGCUCUGGAAACAAUACGCAACAUAUCAGACUGUUGAGCUAGGGACUAGCGCGACUUCUAGCGGGAUUCAAGAGCUAGGGUCGUCGCACACACUCAUCAACGGUCUUAUUCCCCUCGCUGAAGUACUCAAAGCAUAUGACACGGUAAACGAUACUGCCCAUCAGGAAAAAUUUAAGUGCAAUCUGGAGAACCUUCUUCAGGAGGCGGCAAGUACAUCCGAGUCCGGGGUGCUUGUAUCUCAAAGCCCUGAAGCAGCUAUUUCAGAUAACAUUUUCGAUAACGCAUUUUUGGAAUCCAUAAAGGAACAGCUUAACAACUCGGUGGUGACCAAGUUACAUUCCUUAGUCAUAACAGAAGACGAUGGCAAUUGCCAAAACAGAGCGCAUCAACUAGAGAUGCUGAGUCGCAGAUAUUGGAUCCAGCAGACAACUAAUACGUCCGCCAAUGUUCCCUUAGACACAUUUCUUCACUUUGUAGCACGAAACUCCGCCUUGGCUCGCCAUAACGGUAAGAUUCUGGGGAUGACAGGCCUAAUAUAUAAUGUCAUCGAAGAUGUUCUUGACUAUGACGUCUAA